ACUGAAUGAUCGGAACAAGCAAGUUUUUCUUAAUGUUUGGACCAAUAAAGUAUUGUCAUCAGACUUGAAACGUGGCCUAAUUUCUGACAGAUCACAAAGAGUCAACUCUUCAUAGUUCACAUGCUAACAGUUUGAUUAAUUCAAACUAAUAACGGAGUAUAUGAGAGUAUAUAAUUAUAUAAACUUCAAGAAGGCCUUGCUCCAACCUGGAAUCUGGUUGUCAUGUUACCAUGCCUUUCUCGUUACGCAUUUUUAAUCUAUUCCUUCUUCAUUUGCAAGCUCUGAAUACAUCCUUUGACAAACUUUUGGCUACCAAAAAGUGUUAUUCAAUGGAAUUCCUCUUUAUAGUUUUCCUUGUUGCUAACAGUCUUCUCUUUUCUUGUCUUUUAUACUAUCUCAUUAAAAAAAGAAAGCAGCCACCUUUAAGACAAAGUGCUGUUAGUGAUCUUCCUCCGGGAAGUUUUGGUUGGCCUUUUGUAGGGGAAACCUUGGAUUAUCUCAGCGAUGUCAAAAAUGGCAGCCUAGUCAAGUUUCUAACACAAAGGAGGAGCAAAUACUCUUCCAAGAUUUUCAGCACCGCAUUGAUUGGGCAUCCAAUGGCGUUCUUGUCUGGUGCAGAUGGCAACAAGUUUCUAUUUUCAAAUGAGAAUAAGCUUGUCCGAAUCUGGUGGCCAAGUUCUGUUGACAGAAUCUUUCCUAAGACCCAUCAAAAAGCUAAUCACAAAGACUUUGCAAGCACGCGCAAGUUGCUAUCAGCGCCUCUCAGAUCAGAGUCUCUUCAAAGAUUCAUAAGCAUAGCAGAUGCUAUUUUGAGACGCCAUCUUCAGACAGACUGGAAUUGCCCACAAAUUAAGGUUUUACCGGCUGUUAGGAAAUACAUAUUCUCAUUAGCCUGCAAAUUAUUCCUGAGUAUUGAUGACACCAAUAAGGUUGAAAGAUUGUCCAAGUAUAUUGAGGAUAUCUCCACUGGUCUGCUCUCUAUGCCUAUAAAUUUACCAGGAACCACUUUCAACCGAGCUGUCCGAGCAUCCAAGGAAAUGCGUAAGGAGGUUCAGCAAAUCAUCAAUCAAAGGAAGAGUGAGCUGUUAGAGAAUAAAAUUGUAUCACCAGAUGACAUUUUGUCUCAAAUGCUCCAGGCCACAAAUGAGCAAGAACAGUUUUUGAAUGAGUCCGAUAUUGCUAGCAACAUUGUAGGCUUAUUACAAGGUGGCUAUAGCACGGUUAAUGCUGCAAUAACCAUUAUUAUGAAAUAUAUGGCUGAGUAUCCCGAAGUAUACUCUGAGGUCCUCAAAGAGCAAAUGGAGAUAGCCAACUCAAAAACUGCAAAUGAUUUGCUAAAUUGGGAGGAUUUAAGGAAAAUGAGAUAUUCUUGGAAUGUUGCAAGUGAAGUGCUGAGGCUGGCACCUCCAGUACAUGGGACAUUUAGAGAGGCUAUUGAAGACAUCAGAUAUGAUGGUUACACGAUCCCAAAGGGAUGGAAGUUACACUGGAUAGCAGAUGACACCCAUAAAAACCCAGACUACUUUCAGAAUCCAGAUAAAUUUGACCCUAUGAGGUUUCAAGGGAAUGAACCGGCUCCAUAUACGUUUGUUCCAUUUGGAGGAGGGCCUCGAAUGUGCCCUGGAAAUGAGUAUUUCCGCAUGGUGGCUCUUGUUUUUAUGCACAACGUGGUAACAAAGUUCAGAUGGGAGAAGGUGAUACCAGAUGAGAAACUUGUCUCAGCUCCAACUUCAAGACCUGCUCAAGGGCUCCCUGUUCGCCUUUAUUCUCACAAGACCUGAGUAAUGUCGGACUCUGCAGAGAUGCAACAGUAAUUAAUUUGUUUGCUUUUCUUGUGGUGUUGAGUUCUUGUUGCUUAAUGUCUUUCAAGAACUACCAUAAUUCUAAUGAACCAAAAUGACAUACCAUAACCAUCAGUCACUCUUUUAAGUGAAUGGAUUAAUACUAGUCCUGGUUGAUCAA